UGCCCAGGGAAAGACUCAAGACGGCGCGCGAGUGCCCGAAGCCACGGCCUCCGGCUCGUCGGCGGCAACCCGGACUUCACCAACGCGCCCAGGCACGGGCAAGCACUACAGACAUCAGCAACCGCCAAAAAACUAGAGAUGCGGGCCGCACGCCUCGCGGCGAGGGCAACGCGGGGCGCGCCUCGCCUGACGCUGCGCGGCGCGUCGACGGUCAGCGAGGCGGAGGUGGCCAAGUUCGGCGCCGUCGUCUGGGCCGACCCGACCAGCGCGAGCGGCGCCGGCCCGCUGCACGCGCUGAACCCCGCGCGCGCGGACUACGUGCGGGCGCAGGCCGGCGGCCUGCGCGGGAAGCGGGUGGCGGACGUCGGCUGCGGCGGCGGGCUCCUCGCGCGCGCGCUCGCGGCCGCGGGCGCCGACGUCGUGGGCCUCGACGCGAGCCCGCGCGCCGCCGCCGCCGCGGCCGCGCGCGCGGCGGCGGGGCCGCGCUUCGCCGUGGUCGCGGGCGCGCCCGAGGCGCUGCUCGCGGACGGGACGCUCUCGGAGGCGACGUUCGACGUCGUGUGCGCGCUCGAGGUGCUCGAGCACGUCGCCGACGACGGCGCGUUCGUCGCCGCGUGCGCGCGCCUCGCGCGGGCCGGCGGCGACGUGUUCCUCUCGACGCUCAACCGGACGCCGCUCGCCGCGGCCGCCUCCAUUACUAUCGCGGAGGGCGCGCUGGGCCUCCUGCCGCGCGGCACGCACGACGCGGCCAAGUUCCGGACGCCGGGCGACGUCGCCGCGCUGCUGGGCGCCGCGGGCUGCCGCGUGCGCGACGCGCGCGCGCUGCACUUCGCUCCCGCGCCGCGGGGCCCCGGCGCGGCCUGGCUCGGCGGCGACGCGCGCGGCGCCGUCAACUUCGUCGUGCACGCGACGCGGGAGGCGUGAGGGCCCGCGAGGCCGCCCCGCGUGCGUGGUCCUGCGGAAUGCGGUCGUUUGGCCCGGUGGUGCGAUCGUCGUGGCGCCCCCUCGCUGGCCCACAACAGGCGCGUCGCAAUAGUAAUGAGAAGUGCACUGUUAGCCUAGUAGAUCG